UUUAUAUUUGAUUGUUUUGAACUGCCAAAUUCCUUUUCCAUAAAUGUCUGUACAAAAAAUAAAUUUAAGCAUACACAUUAGUAUUGCUGUCGCAUUUCUUUCCUUAGGAAACAAGUAGAUUGGAGAAAAGAAGAGAUUACUUCAUGAUCUGCGACAUGUUCUUAUAGCGGAACGCAGUUGUCAGAAUUGCGCGACUAAUACGAUUCCAAUAGAACUUUAGUAUUCUUCAUUAUUUUUAUUGAUAACGAUGUGUACUGUUUGUCGUAAGUGUUGUAUCGAUCAAUGAGUGUAUAAUAACCGGUGAAAUGGCCAUAUUUGAGAAAACAUCGCAUACGAAAGCCCUGGUAGAUGACACUGAAAUUCUGACCUGCACAAUUGAAAAUUCACAAACUGUUAGGAAACAUACAGAAUACACAUUGCGGGUUUCCCGAGGUAUCUUAAGGGACACGACUUGGACAGUGUCGCGGAGGUACAAGGACUUUGUCGAGUUACACGCGGCGCUGGCCCCGAGCGGCUACGACCUGCCUUUACCACCAAAGAAGUAUUUUGGAAACUUAGAUCCAUCAUUUAUUGCUGAAAGGCAGAUAGCAUUACAGAACUACUUAAAUGAAAUCUUGAGGCAUGAUGAACUGGCGUUGUCUCGUCAAGUUAGAAGCUUUCUGGAUCCUCACAAUUAUUCUUCAAAUGCAGCAGAGUUGGCGCUGCAAACAGUAUCCAUUGCCCUCCGAGGAGAAGGCCGCUUCGAACUCAAAGGUGCUAUCGCCGACAUCGGAUGGCGGAUAAGGAAAUAUAACUUCUUAGUAACAGAUACAAAGACUCAAGAAAACUGUAUACUCUCGUGGCAGAACUUCGGUCCCGAUAGAUAUUUAAAUGACAAGAAAUUACAGGCGGCCCUUAAGAGUUUACAAAAUCUUAGUCAUCCUCACAUAGACCAAAUAUUAGCAUUUCAAAAUUUAGACACGGGAGUGUACGUAGUCCGGAGUAUAUAUGAAGGUGGGAGCUUACGAGACAUGAUCUACCAGACUGAGUACAGCGGGAGCCAUCUCGCGAAGUAUUCCAACCCUAAGAACAUCAGGCCCUUUGUGGAAGAACAGAUCUACGAUUAUGGAAGGCAAAUCUUGGAAGCUUUGAAGUUCUUACACGAUAAGGGUUUACCGCAUGGUCACGUGCACCCCGGCAACAUAAUGGUAGUCCAGCACCACGUGUACCUCACGGACAUAGAGAACAUACUGCUGGGCGGGCCCAGCCUCUACCGGCAGUACCUGCUGCAGCUGCGGCCCUCCUACUCCGCGGACAACGUGGACGCGCACUGCUUCGGACGAGUCCUGUAUGAGAUGACGUUCAGGCCGCUAGCGCACUGCUACUGUGAUACCUAUCCUGAUUAUCUUAGUGAAGAGCUCAAAUCACUCCUCCGGAUCAUCCUAUCCCGGGACGCGUGCAGGAGCAUGCCGCCGACACUCAGCUAUUUACUGCUACUACCAGUCUUUAAGAAGUACCCAGUGAGAUGUAAAGAGGAACGAGCAACAUUGAAGUUCCCGCUCGCUCUGAAGGAAGAACUGAGGGCGGCGGUGGACCAUAUAGAGGAUAAGCUGAAGAAGGACCAAAAAAAGAUGCGCAGUGCCAAAAGGGAAGUUCGGAUACAAGAGAUACUUAAUUCUGAGGAUGAAAUGAAGAAACAAAAGCGAAAAGUGAAGCGCCGAGAGUCUCACUGGCAGUCGAUGUCGUCGAUACCAGACAUGUACAUAUCGGCCAGCGUCAGCGAUGCGUCCUCGCCGACACCGCCAACCACAGGGGCCAUAUGCGCUAGCACCCCCGACUCGCCGCAGACGUACGACGCGCGGCGGUCGCUGCUCGACGCCAUCUGUAACUUCGACAAAUCCAGCCUCGCCACGCAAAACAACUCGGACUCACGGUAAUAGUAACCAAACAAUGCUGAACACAAUAUACUUUAGAAAUCGCAGUGCGAGAAUGAAUUUAAAGGUAAUAGAAACAAGAGUGCAUUUGGCGUGCAUGCUGUCAUUGUAUGGGAACAACGUUACGAACAUCAUCUUUACUGCUUUGAAUUAAGAGUUAUUAAUAUCAUUGUUCAUCAUCUAAAUAAUCGCACGUCUAGUGGAUAUUAUUGUAUUAUAGUGAGAAAUGGUGGCUAUAUUUAAAUGUACAAAGAGGUUUCCCUUCAUUUCGUUGUAUCUACACAACAUGAAUAUGCGAUUCCAAAAUAAAAUAGAUGCGCAUUUAAUUCUGGGGAAUGUUAAAACAAUUCAAAAAUAUUACUUUUCGUAUCAACAAUAAAUGGUCAACAAAUGGGUAUGUAUUUUUCACAAAGUGUUAGACACAAAAGAUUGUUCCUGAAAAAGGGAAAAAUAGAUAUUUUUUUAAUUCUUUGUAAACUGCAAUAUGGUGCAUUUCAUAUUCCAAAUAUUACACGUGCUAAAGAUAUGGGCUAUCGAAUUAUAAGUAUUUUUUUACUACUUACAAAAACCCUGUGAUUCUAUUUUCAACCUUAAUAGAAUACAAUUAAAGUUAUUUUUACACCAGCCAGUAAAAUAUAUUAUUAUUUAAUCGAUCUCUGAAACUAGGCUUCGAUAUUUUUAUUGGUGUUUAUAUUAAUUAUGAAAUUAGACUAAAAUGUAGCCAAAUGAGAAUAAUUUAAGUUUACGGUGAUAGUUUUAAUUUACACCUCUU